CAAACACUAUUUCUUUCUAACGAAUCGAGCAAUAUGAAGAGUCUGAUUGUGUUCGCUCUGUUGAUUUGUGCUGCGGCGGCACUGCCACAGUUUGGCUUUGGCGGUCCUGGCUUCGGCGGUCCUGGUUUCGGAGGCGGUGGCUUCGGCGGUCCUGGUUUUGGAGGCGGUGGCUACGGACGCCCUGGCUUUGGAGGAGGCUUUGGCGGUCGCCCUGGAUUUGGCGGCGGUGGUUUUGGUGGUGGUCCUGGUUUCGGCUACGGACGUCCUGGUGGCUACUACCCCGGCGGCGGCGGCUUCCGCGGUGGCGGCGGUGGCGGUGGCGGUGGCUCCUCCUCUGCCUCAGCCUCGUCCAGUGCAUCGGCAGGUGGCAAUGGUGCUGCUUCAGCUUCUGCCUCUGCGUCUGCUGCGGCUUCAGGUGGCGGACGAUUCCCUGCCGUGUCUGCAGUGCCUCAGUUUGGAUUUGGACGUCCUCGCUUCGGUGGUGGAUUCCGCAAGGGUGGAUUCCGUAGGGGCGGUGGCGGUGGUGGUGGCUCCUCCUCUGCCUCAGCUUCGGCCAGUGCAUCGGCAGCUGGCAAUGGUGCAUCUUCAGCUGCUGCCUCUGCGUCUGCUGCCUCAGCCCUUCCUCAAUUUGGCCACGGUGGUGGCAGCGCUAACGCCAACGCCAAUGCCAACGCCAACGCAUACGGCGGCGGCCAUGGCGGCGGAUUAGGAGGUGGAUACCGUCCCGGGUUCGGCGGUGGAAUAGGUGGCGGCCCAGGAUUUGGCCAUGGUGGACAUGGUGGAUUUGGAGGCGGAGGAUUGGGCGGAUACGGCGGCGGACUUGGCGGACACGGCGGCGGAUUUGGUGGACACGGCGGUGGAUUGGGCGGCUACGGCGGCGGACUAGGCGGCCACGGCGGCGGAUUUGGUGGCCGACCUUACGGUGGAUUCCGUGGCGGUGGCGGUGGUGGUGGCGGCCUCGCGAUGAAACUGUUUAUUGCUCUAUCCGUGCUGGUGGCUGUGGCCUCGGCCCUUCCUCAAUUUGGCCACGGUGGUGGCAGCGCUAACGCCAACGCCAAUGCCAACGCACAAGCUCAGGGUGGUGGAUUCGGUGGCCGACCCGGCGGCGGAUUUGGCGGUGGACCCGGAGGCGGAUUCGGCGGUGGACAUGGUGGCGGAUUCGGUGGUAGACCCGGCGGUGGAUUCGGCGGUGGUCCCGGCGGCGGAUUCGGCGGUGGUCCCGGCGGCGGACAUGGUGGCGGAUUCGGUGGUAGACCCGGCGGCGGAUUCGGCGGUGGUCCCGGCGGCGGUUUCGGCGGUGGUGGUGGUGGCGGCUCAGCGAGUGCUAGCGCGUCAUCCAGCGCCACUGCCAGCGGUGGUGGUCGACGUGGUGGUGGUGUUGAGUUCACACAGUUCGGACAAGCAGAAGCAGAAGUCAUGAAAGUCUUUGUUAUACUGAGCAUUUUGUUGGCUGUAGCUGUGGCAGCACCACAGUUUGGCGGUGGUGGCAAUGCUAAUGCGAAUGCUGGUGCCAAUGCCGAAGCUCAGGGUCAGCUUGGAGGAGGCAGAGGAGGUAUCGGAGGCAGACCCGGUGGUAAUUUCCGAGGCAACAAUGGUGGAUUUGGCGGUGGCGGUGGCGGCAGUGCCAGUGCCGAUGCUAGUUCCAGUGCCGUAGCAAAUGGUGGUGGUGGUCGUGGUGGUGGUGGUAAUGCUAGUGCCAACUCUGCAGCCACUGCCAAUGCUAGUGGUGGUGGUUUCGGCGGUGCCAACGCCAAGGCUUCAUCCAACGCCAGCUCCGCAUCACGUGGUGGUGGCAUAGCUAGUGCCACAUCCAAUGCAUCCGCAUCUGCUAAGGCUGGAAAAUAAGUGCAACGAUUUCCGAAUGAUUUUCUUGAGUGAUUGAGUUUGUAUAUUACUUUUGGAUUAAAAAUAUAAUAAAAAUCGAUAUAGUCUAA